CUUUUGCAGUUUAACUAUAUUCUUAAAAAACACGAAAUAGUUGGAUCAUCGGAAGAAGAAAGGAAGAGUACUAAUGGAGAGACAGAAGAGUAUAAUGGAGAGACAGAAAAGCAUGGAAACCGGUUUACUCAGGAAGAGUCUUAGCAUAAGAGAAAGGAAAUACCCAAAUGAGGACGGUUAUCUUGAAACCGGUUUAUCAUCAAAGCGACAUCCAAACCAUAAAGAAUCGAAGAAAUAUCAAAAUGAAGAUGGUGAAUGUUCUGUUACAACUUCUGUUUGCCUUAUCACCUUUGUCGUCGUCACUGGCUCUUUCUGCGUUGGCUGUGGUAUAGGUUAUUCAUCAGUUGCCCAACAUGGAAUUAUCAGUGAAUUAUCUCUCUCCGUUGCAGAAUAUUCAAUGUUCGGGUCAAUGUUAACAUUAGGAGGACUCAUUGGUGCAGUAUUUAGCGGUAAAAUCUCUGACGUUUUGGGAAGAAAACGGACAAUGUUUUUUUCCGAAGUCUUCUGCGCAACAGGCUGGCUCUGUAUUGCACUGGCUCAGGAUGCACUGUGGCUAGAUUGUGGGAGAUUACUACUUGGAAUCGGCGUUGGUAUCUUUAGCUACGUGAUUCCCGUGUAUAUCGCGGAAAUAGCACCAAAACAUGUUCGAGGAUCGUUCGUUUUUGCUAAUCAGUUGAUGCAAAAUUGCGGGCUUUCACUUUUUUUCAUCAUUGGAAACUUUAUUUCGUGGAGAAUACUAUCUUUUAUUGGUUUGGUUCCAUGUGUUCUUCACGUUGUUUGUCUAUUCUUCAUUCCUGAGUCUCCACGAUGGCUGGCAAAAUGUGGUCGUGAUAAAGAAUGCAGAGCUGCCCUACAACACCUUAGAGGCCAUGACGUAGAUAUUUCACAUGAAGCUAAUACAAUUAGAGAUACGAUGGAAUUUACCAAACAAAGCAGUGAAACUACAAUUAUGGAACUGUUUCAGAAACGAUAUAUAAUUCCGUUAAUUAUCGGAGUCGGCUUGAUGCUCUUGCAACAAUUGUCCGGUAGUUCGGGAGUUAUCUAUUAUGCUAGUAGCCUUUUUGAAAAAGGAGGUUUCCCUAGCGCUAUUGGCACAUCUGUAAUGGCCACAAUCAUGAUACCAAAAGCGAUGAUUGGAACAAUAAUUGUCGAUAAAAUGGGAAGAAGAACUCUCCUCAUGGCUUCUUGUUCUGGAAUGGGCUUGUUUGCUUUGCUCUUAAGUGUUUCCUACAGUUUUCAGUCAUUCGGUAUUCUACCAGAACUCACUCCAAUUUUCAUCUUCAUCAGCGUACUGGGUUACGUUAUAUCAUAUGCUCUUGGAAUGGGAGGACUACCAUGGAUUAUAAUGUCUGAGAUAUUUCCAAUGAACGUAAAAGUUUCAGCUGGAACUUUAGUAACCGUCACAAACUGGGCAGGUGGUUGGGUUAUCACUUUCACCUUUAAUUUUCUAAUGCAAUGGAAUGCAGCAGGAACAUUUGUAAUUUUCUCCACCGUCUCGGCAGUGUCGAUUCUGUUUAUCUAUUUCUUAGUGCCUGAGACGAAAGGGAGGUCACUCGAAGAAAUUCAAACAUUGCUUUCCAAUUCUGCCCAUUAAUAUCAAAUUAGCAUUAUAUUUCUUGUUGCAAAAAGAGAAAAACAAAAAAAAGAAAAGAAAUAUAAAGUACGUAUGUUCAUGUGAGUUUGGAUGUCUUUGGUGAUGAGAUGGAAUUUCUAGUUGGAACAUAAAACAACAUUCCCUUAAUUGGAAAACUAAAUUAUGUA